CUUCUUCAUCAUCCUGGGAGCUGCACUCCCCUGCCUGUCUCUUAUACACAUCUAGAUGUGUAUAAGAGACAGUCCAGACGGUGUCCCAUUGUUGAGAAUGAUUGUCAUCUGCUGCAGACAGUUUGAGACGUUGCCUGCAUCGGCAGUAUGUGAAGGCAGUGCUCCACGGAGUGGGGGCCAAUACCUGCAGUAGUCGAAGGUUUUGCGACUUUCUCUCACAUCCCAUACUGAAGAGCAUGGUGAAGAAUCGAGGCUGCCAUGACAGUUGGCAUUCCGUUCGAUGUUUCAUGGACACCUGUGUUUGAUGGUGUGAUCUCUAGCAUGUGUCCAUGAUUUGAUUGUCUAGGUGCGGCUGGAGGGGUGAUAUACAGGGUGCAGGGCAGGGGAAAUAUACUGCAAGGGUUUUGCUAGUUCAGCUUUGCCCUGAAGGUAGAAUGACACUGGAAAUGUGCACUUGCAGGUAAGUGAAGGAUUUACGUUUCUUCCUUUCAUUUCAACUCUCUUGCUUGUCGGUAAUCAUGUGCGCAAUCCUGCAUGGGUCAUAUUGAUUUGGGCACUCUCUCUUUUUCAGCAGUUUUUGCAUAGGAGCCCUUCGAAGUGGGUAGCUAAAUGAGCUCUAUGACCUUCUGGUCUGGGUGCCAUCUUCAGAGUUCGAAAUCGUGGCAGCCAACAGACGGCAGCACGUGAUUAGUUUGGGAAUGUCCUGUCCUCGACUUCUUGCGUGUGAUUAGUUCGGGAAUAUCCAUGACUUGUGGUAUGGGUUGCUGCCCCUCUCCAGCCACUUAUCAUACCCAGGUUAGGAUAGAAUAGCAUACAAGAAGAACAGAAUAGCAUCCAAGAAGAACAGAACAGCAUAGGAUGGGCUCGAACGUGUGGUGUGGAUGUCGAGUUUGAUUGAAAUCAAAUCAAAAGAGUUAGUAUCACUCUGUCUAUGUAGCGGGCAGCUCUCUGUAGAAGCUGGAUGAAUUAAUUACCGGGGGUUGAAAGGUAGAGUAGGUUAUGGGAGAGAAGCAAUGAAAGCGCAAUUAAAAGGGGCAUUGAAAGGGCAUUGAAAGGGGCAAUUAAAGGGCUGGAGAAACUCAGGCACGUAUGUGAUUGCAGUUCGACCUUAUGUUUAAUCAGUGCUUCUGCUGGCACAAGGGAGACAUGACUCUUUUUUCUCCCUCUCUCUCUCUCAAUCAAUCAAUCAAUCAAAUCAAUUGACGCAAUCAACCAAUCAAGGUAGAAGAAGCGAGACGUGAUUCUUUCCAGUAAUUCGGUUCUUCUUGUUGCGAGGUCGAUCGGGAUCUGGGAGCAAAAUGGGGGAGGGAGGAGGUGGUGUCUCCGACGAAACAUUGAAGGAGUUCUUGGCUGAAGUCAGUGAGGUUGAGAGAGAGAACGAGGUCAAUCGCGUCUUGUCGUCUUUCAAGUUGAACCCUUUUGAGCAUUUGAAUCUGCCCUUCGAGUCGGGACCUGAGGAUGUCAAGAGACAGUACCGACGGGUAUCCUUGAUGGUCCAUCCCGACAAAUGUAGCCACCCACGUGCGAAGGAGGCUUUUGGCGCGCUAGCGAAGGCGCAGCAAAUGCUGCUGGACCCGGAGGAGAGAGACUACCUGGCAUCCGUGUUUAAUCUGGCAAAGGAGGAGUUGAAAAAGGAGAGGAAGAAGGAGCUGAAGAAGGACAACGCGUCGAAGAUACAGGAAGCACUGGACGAAGGGAGGACAGAGGACGCGUAUGAGCAGUCUGAUGAGUUCAAGGAGAAAUGGAAGAUGAGGGUGAGAGAAAUUUUGACAGAGAGGGAAUGGAGGAGGAGGAAGAUGAUGAUGAGGAUCUCGGAGGAGGAGGGACGGCUGGCCAAGUCGGAGGAAGAAACGAGGGAGAUGUAUAAGAGGAAGAGGGAGGACAAUGAGAAAUGGGAGGAGACGAGAGAGAAUAGGGUUAACAGCUGGCGGGACUUCAUGAAGUCGGGGAAGAAGGGCAAGAAAGGAGAGCUCAGGCCGCCCAAGCUCAAGACGGAGGACCCGUCGAAAUCUUACAUUCAACGACCCGUCAAGAAGUAGCCAUGAGAGAGAGAGAGAGAGAGAGAGAAGAGAGGGGGGGGGGGGCAAAACUCGAUGGAUGGUUGAUCUGUUCAUAUAAUUAGAAAGCUUUACAGAAUGGGGAUGUCGACAUGCUGCCUGAUCUGACGGGUGUGAGAGAGCUCAUCUCAUGAAGUGAAGAGCCGAGGAUGAAGUAUGGAUCGGGACCCCGCUUGGAUUGGGACAGAGGGGGAGGAGGAGGCAGGUGGAUGGUAACCUGUUCGUCAUGGACGGCUCUCUUCCUUUGUUUCUUUCUUUCUUUUUUUGGCUCUCUUUCUUUCCUUUUCCGUUGUCACUCCUCUCGCUUUUUGGCGAUUGCUUCCAA